AAACUUGAAGUCAUUGGAGAAAGGCGCAAAAAUAGAAGCGAAGAAUAAAAGAAAAAAAAAACUAGAACAAUCAGAAAUUUAACUAUGUCCUCGGAAAGCAGCAACAAUUUGGAAGGCUGUGACGUUAAGGUCUCUAACCUGAAAUAUCCGGUGGCCCGGAAAGAUGAAAGUGUUGUUGAAACACAUCAUGGUGUUGAAAUAAAAGAUGUCUAUCGUUGGUUAGAGGAUCCUGAUUCGGAGGAAACAAAGAAGUUUAUUGAGGAGCAGAAUAAAAUCAGUCAGCCCUUCUUGGAAAGCUGUGAUGCUCGCCCGAAAAUAUCGGAAAAGUUAACUAAGCUGUGGAACUUUGAAAAAUAUGGUUGCCCCAUGAAAUAUGGAAAAUACUAUUAUUUCCAUAAGAAUACGGGACUACAGAAUCAAAGUGCUAUAUACCAGCAGGAUUCGUUGGAUGGGGAGCCACGUUUGUUCUUCGAUCCCAAUGCCCUGUCUAGCGAUGGAACCAUUGCUUUGGUGAAAAAAUCAUUUUCUCACGAUGGCAAAUACAUGGCCUAUGGUUUGAGUGAAAAUGGUUCGGAUUGGUUUAAAAUUCAUAUACGUGAUGUGGAGACGGGUCGAGAUUUUGAAGAGAUCCUGGAAAAACUGAAAUUUUCGGAAAUAACUUGGACGAAGGAUAAUAAGGGAUUCUUCUACAGCUGCUAUCCCAAUCAAGAGGGCGCCGCUGAUGGUUCGGAAACCAAUGCAACCGAAAAUGAAAAGUUGUACUAUCACUAUUUGGGACGGGCGCAGGAAGCGGAUAUUCUUGUUGCUGAAUAUCCCGAAGAGCCCAACUGGCAAGUUGUGUCUGAAAUCUCCGAUUGUGGCAAGUAUUUAUUGAUAUUUAUCGAUAAAGAUUUUCAAGGGGUUUUGGUGCACUAUGCCGAUUUGGAAGGCCAGACGGAGAUAUCCUCCAAAUUAGAAGUGAAGAAAAUUAUUGACAAAUUCGAAUUUGAAUAUAGCUACAUUACCAAUACUGGUUCCAAAAUGUAUUUCCGCACAAAUAAUGGGGCUGCGAAUUAUCGUAUUGUCGUGAUUGAUUUGGAAAAUCCAACCGAGGAUAAUUGGCAGACCCUUGUACCAGAACAUGCCAGCGAUGUUUUGCACUGGGCACAGUGUGUGGAUGGCAAUAAAUUGGUCCUGCACUAUGUACAUGAUGUAAAGAGUCUAUUGCAGGUAAACUCCUUGGAAACCGGAGAAUUACUUGGAGUAUUCGACUUGGAUAUUGGCAAUAUUGAUGCUUUCUGGGGUGACAAGUCCGAGUCGGAGUUGUUUUAUAAGUUUUCCUCAUAUCUUACACCGGGCAUCAUCUAUCACUUCGACUUCAAAUGGAAGAAUUUUAGCCCCAAAGUUUUGCGGAGCACCAAACUAAACUUGGAAGGAUUUUCUCCGUCGGAUUAUAGAGUGGAACAGGUAUUCUAUGAAAGCAAGGACUCCACCAAGAUUCCCAUGUUUGUGGUCUACAAAAACUCAAACACAGAACAGAGAACACCUCGUCCAUGUUUUCUGUAUGGUUAUGGAGGAUUUAAUUCCAUCAUGAAUCCCUCCUUCAGCAUUAAGAAUCUAAUGUUUAUUGAGACCUUUGAUGGUGUUGUUGCUCAUCCAAAUUUGCGUGGCGGUGGGGAGUAUGGUGAAAAAUGGCACAGGGCUGGUCGUUUGUUGAACAAACAAAAUGUAUUCGAUGACUUCCAAGCAGCUGCUGAAUUCCUGAUAGCCAAAAACUACACAACCAAGGAUCGUUUGGUCAUUAAAGGUAUUUCCAAUGGUGGCCUCUUGGUUGGUGCCUGUAUCAAUCAACGUCCUGAUCUCUUUGGAGCUGCCGUGGCCCAGGUAGGGGUCAUGGAUAUGUUGCGUUACCAUAAAUUCACCAUUGGUUAUAUUUGGUGUUCUGAAUAUGGUGAUCCAGAUGAAAAGGAACAUUUCGAGAACCUACUCAAAUAUUCACCGCUGCACAAUGUCCGUACACCAAAGUCGGCCGAAGAAGAAUAUCCCUCAACGUUGGUCAUAACUGCCGAUCAUGAUGAUCGUGUAAGUCCAUUACAUUCGUUGAAAUUUGUAGCCGCUCUCCAAGAGGCCGUACGCAAUUCGGAAUAUCAGAAGAAUCCAAUACUUUUGCGCGUUUACAGCAAGGCUGGUCACGGUGAAGGUAAGCCAACAUCGAAAAUUAUUGAAGAGGCAACCGAUGUAUUGACUUUUAUUCUACGAAGUCUUAAUAUUGAUAAGGUAAAUUUGUAAAUCUUCGAAUAUUGAAUAAAAUUUUAAAUUACAA